AUGAGACCAAAUCUUCACAAAAUUAAAGGUAAAGUAGUUUGGAUUACAGGGGCUUCUUCAGGCAAUGGAGAAAUCUUGGCAUACACUUUAGCUAAAUUGGGUGCUAAUUUAGUCCUGUCAGCAAGAAGAGAAACUGAAUUACACAGAGUAUUAGAGAAAUGCCAAAGUAAAAUUGAUUAUUUAAUCAAUAAUGCUGGUUGUUCUCAACGAGCAGUUGCUAUGGAUACUAAAUUAGAAGUGCACAAGUUCCUUUUAGACACUAACUUUCUUGGUACUGUUUCUCUCAGUACAGCUGUACUACCUUAUAUGGUUAAAGAGAGGGAUGGGUGUAUUGUAGUUGUUAGUAGUCUCAGUGGAAAGAUAGAUACAUCAUUAUGUUCUAGCAAGAAAAGCUAA